AUGGGCAAUUCAUGCCGCGGAUCUUUCAAGGACAAAAUCUACGAGGGCAACAACAGUCAGCCCGAGGAGAAUUCCAAACGCAACGGUUCCUCUGAUCAAUCUCCGACAACCUUAAACGCCCGACAGAUCAUUGAUCUUGAGUUCUCCAAAGAAGCUGCCAAGAAAGAUAACGACAGUUCAGCUCUUGUUAGUUCAAGAAAAGAACCCAUGAUGAGGCGGAACAUGGACAACCAGUCCUACUACGUUCUUGGUCACAGGACUCCUAGCAUUCGUGAUCUCUACACGCUGAGUCGAAAACUAGGACAAGGCCAGUUCGGAACAACUUAUCUGUGUACAGAGAUUGGCACGGGCAUUGACUAUGCCUGUAAAUCUAUAUCGAAGAGGAAGUUGAUCUCCAAGGAAGAUGUGGAAGAUGUUAGGAGGGAGAUUCAGAUCAUGCACCAUUUAGCUGGUCACAAGAACAUUGUGACGAUAAAAGGGGCGUAUGAGGAUCCUUUGUAUGUUCACAUUGUGAUGGAGCUUUGUGCUGGCGGUGAGUUGUUUGAUAGGAUCAUUCAGAGAGGGCAUUACAGCGAGAGGAAAGCUGCUGAAUUGACCAAAAUCAUUGUCGGGGUCGUCGAGGCUUGUCAUUCUCUCGGCGUCAUGCAUAGGGAUCUUAAGCCUGAGAAUUUCUUGUUGGUUAACAAGGAUGAUGAUUUCUCCCUCAAGGCCAUUGAUUUCGGUCUUUCCGUCUUUUUCAAACCAGGUCAGAUAUUCACAGAUGUUGUUGGAAGUCCGUAUUAUGUUGCUCCCGAGGUUCUGCUCAAACAUUAUGGACCAGAAGCAGACGUGUGGACUGCUGGGGUUAUAUUGUAUAUAUUGCUAAGUGGAGUUCCGCCUUUCUGGGCUGAAACACAACAAGGAAUAUUUGAUGCUGUCUUGAAGGGAUAUAUCGAUUUUGAGUCAGACCCUUGGCCUUUGAUAUCGGACAGUGCUAAAGACCUGAUCCGGAAGAUGUUAUGCUCCAGUCCCGCUGAACGGUUGACUGCUCAUGAAGUCCUUCGUCAUCCUUGGAUCUGUGAGAACGGGGUUGCACCAGAUAGAGUGCUUGAUCCGGCUGUACUGUCCCGUCUCAAACAGUUCUCUGCAAUGAACAAGUUAAAGAAGAUGGCCUUAAGGGUGAUAGCUGAGAGCCUCUCGGAGGAGGAGAUUGCCGGUUUAAGAGAAAUGUUUACUGCAAUGGAUACCGAUAACAGUGGCGCAAUCACGUUUGAUGAGCUCAAAGCUGGUUUGAGAAAAUACGGAUCAACCCUGAAGGAUAUAGAGAUCCGUGAUCUUAUGGAAGCGGCUGAUGUUGACAACAGUGGGACGAUAGAUUAUGGAGAGUUCAUUGCAGCAACGAUCCAUCUCAACAAACUAGACAGGGAAGAGCAUCUUGUGUCGGCCUUCCGGUACUUUGACAAGGACGGAAGUGGCUACAUCACCAUUGAUGAGCUACAGCAAGCGUGCGAUGAACAUGGCAUGAGCGAUGUCUUCCUCGAAGACAUAAUCAAAGAAGUUGACCAAGACAACGAUGGACGGAUCGAUUAUGGUGAAUUUGUAGCGAUGAUGCAAAAGGGCAAUGCAGGAAUGGGGAGAAGAACCAUGAGAAAUAGUCUGAACAUGAGCAUGAGAGAUGCAUAGCCCUAGUAAACCCACACGCUCUCUCUCUCUCUCUCUCUCUCUCUCUCUCUCUCUCUCUCUCUCUCUCUGCAUUGCUUCUCCUUUCUGCGUAAACUCAAAAGCUGCAAUUACAGAGAAUGUUUCCAUAACAACACAAUCUUACCCCAUCAUCAUCACCAUCAUCAAUCAUCAGGGACAGAAGAAGUAGAAGACCGAGCUCAUCAUCCAUUCCACGGGAUAGGUUUUUACAUUUUAGGGUUCUUGGGUUUUAUGUGUUUCUGCCAUUGUUCUGAGUUGGUAAAAGCUUCGUUCAUCUGCAUCUGCAUCUGCAUCUGCAUCUGCGUCUGCAUUUGCAUUGUUGGAAGUCUUUUUAUGACAGUGUGAGGACUUCAACUUCUGCCUUUUUUUUUUUUUUUUUUGUAAUCCAAAGGUUGUGUUUUGUAAGGAUGUGACUUCUAAGCGUUUUGCUCUGAAAUUCACUCUUCAACCAUUA